GCGUGUCGGCAGGUGGAGGGAGAAGGGAAAGUUUGGCCAGUGCGUGGGGCUGAGGUGGAGGGCGGGACAGAGGGGCUGGGCCCAGGCGAAGCUCUUGUCGCUGCUGCUGUGGAGGCCGAAGCUGGGACCUGGGCCGGGGAGGGGUGUGCCGGCCGCAGAGGAGCAAAGAGGCGAGGUUCGCGGGUGCUUCGAGCCCCCCACCGCUCUGCCGCGCGGCCACCCAGCGCCAGGCGCCGUCCGACCCGUGGCUGUUCGCUAGGCGGUUGGUGGGGGCGCGGCGGCAGCGGUUGGGGGUGGGGAGAGGCGCGGCGAGGAGAAGAGAGAGGUCAGUGAGUUUGCGGGAAGACCGAGUGUCGUGCCGCCGUCAUGACCGAGGACUCCAGUGCCCUGCCCUGGUCCAUCAACAGGGACGAUUACGAGCUGCAGGAGGUGAUAGGGAGUGGAGCAACGGCUGUGGUCCAAGCAGCGUAUUGUGCCCCUAAAAAGGAGAAAGUGGCAAUCAAACGGAUAAACCUUGAGAAAUGUCAGACUAGCAUGGAUGAACUCCUGAAAGAAAUUCAAGCCAUGAGUCAGUGCCAUCAUCCUAAUAUUGUGUCUUACUACACAUCUUUUGUGGUAAAAGAUGAGCUGUGGCUAGUCAUGAAGCUGUUAAGUGGAGGUUCUGUUCUAGAUAUUAUUAAGCACAUUGUGGCAAAGGGGGAACAUAAAAAUGGAGUCCUGGAUGAAGCUACCAUUGCUACAAUACUCAAAGAAGUGCUGGAGGGUUUGGAAUACCUGCAUAAAAAUGGACAGAUUCACAGAGAUGUGAAAGCUGGCAAUAUUCUUCUUGGAGAAGAUGGCUCGGUACAGAUUGCAGACUUUGGAGUUAGUGCUUUUUUAGCAACUGGUGGUGACAUUACUCGAAAUAAAGUGAGAAAAACCUUUGUUGGAACCCCUUGCUGGAUGGCGCCUGAAGUUAUGGAACAGGUUCGUGGUUAUGAUUUCAAAGCUGACAUCUGGAGUUUUGGGAUCACAGCCAUUGAACUGGCCACGGGGGCAGCUCCUUAUCAUAAGUACCCGCCAAUGAAGGUUUUAAUGCUGACACUGCAGAAUGAUCCUCCUUCUUUGGAAACUGGUGUUCAAGAUAAAGAAAUGCUGAAAAAAUACGGAAAAUCAUUUAGAAAAAUGAUUUCAUUGUGCCUUCAAAAAGAUCCAGAAAAAAGACCAACAGCAGCAGAACUGUUAAGGCACAAGUUUUUCCAGAAAGCCAAGAACAAAGAGUUUCUUCAAGAAAAAAUAUUGCAGAGAGCACCAACCAUUUCUGAAAGAGCUAAAAAGGUUCGGAGAGUACCAGGCUCCAGUGGCCGUCUUCACAAGACGGAAGACGGUGGCUGGGAGUGGAGUGAUGAUGAAUUUGAUGAAGAAAGUGAGGAAGGAAAAGCAGCAAUUUCACAACUCAGGUCUCCCAGAGUGAAAGAAUCAUUAACAAAUUCUGAGCUAUUUUCCACAACUGAUCCUGUGGGUACUUUACUCCAAGUUCCAGAACAGGUUUCUGCUCAUCUACCUCAGCCAGCAGGGCCGACGGCUGCGCAACCCACUCAAGUCUCCCUGCCACCCACUGCAGAGCCAGCGAUAGCAGCUCAGGCUCUGUCUUCAGGAGCAGGUUCACAAGAAACCAAGAUCCCAAUCAGUCUAGUACUAAGAUUACGGAAUUCAAAAAAAGAACUAAAUGAUAUUCGAUUUGAAUUUACUCCUGGGAGAGAUACAGCAGAGGGUGUCUCUCAGGAGCUCAUUUCUGCCGGCCUCGUCGAUGGAAGGGAUUUAGUCAUAGUGGCAGCUAAUUUGCAGAAGAUUGUGGAAGAACCCCAGUCAAAUCGAUCUGUCACCUUCAAACUGGCAUCCGGUGUCGAAGGCUCAGAUAUUCCUGAUGAUGGUAAACUAAUAGGAUUUGCCCAGCUCAGCAUCAGCUAAAACACAGCCCUGGAAGAGGCAGCCGAAGGAGAUUCCACACAUGCGUGUCUCUGUUGCUUCUGUUGGCCUAAACCCAGUACUGCCAAAGAACCCAGCAACAAACCUCCCAGCUAGGAGCUUUAGAGGUCUUUCUUUAAUGUUUUUCCUGCCAUCAUCCCUGCUUUUUCCCACAGGGAAAGAAAAGUUGGAUCACCAGUGGCCAGCAUCCCUUUUAAAGAGUUCCGUUAGUAAACUUACUGCACGCAUCCCCUGUCUUCCUCCAUCUAAGAAGUGGCCCGGGUGCCUCAAGGCCCAGGAGGGAGGUCUGUCAGCUCAUCUUGCCUUACUCCAGUGAUGGCGCUGGGUGGAGAGUAGCAGCUCUAUUGGGCUUCCUCAUCCUGCUUGUUCUCCCACACCGGACGGGAUGUGGGCAUCUUGGGAUAUCUCUUUACCACUGAAGUAGCAAUUAAAAGUUGAUUGUUCAGCUGGAGCCCAGAGAAUUUAGUUUAGUGAUUUUUUUGUUUUGUUUUGUAUCUGAUAUGAAUUCUAGCAACCUUCGUUAGGAAAAAGCACAGCCUCAGAAGGAGGCAACCUAAACUAUGUUCUUGUUUUGUUGAUGAUGUUUCUAAGCGUUUUGCUGAAGCUGCUCUCAGGCACCCCUCUUCAUUACUUGCUCCAGAAAGGGUUGCUCGCCUUAACUUCAGCUGGUGCAAAACAUCUGACUGUAAUCGAACUUCAGCCAUCGGACCCUUCAAAGAGGAACUUUGGACUGUUUUUAGGGGAAAAAAUCACGUAACGGCUUAUAAACAAGAGUUACCCCAGCAGUGGUGUUUUGAACAGGAAAAAAUCAUAACUCAUAUCAGUGUGGAAGUAUUUAUUUCAAAUCUUAAACAACUGAAGAAAAACUGCUCCUUGAUCCUCCCAUGAAAAUCAAUUUGCCUGGCCUCCGAGUCAUGAGGAAAUGCAAGGCUGAGAUUUCUACAGCAAUAAAGGAGACUUGCCCUAGGCCAAAGAGGCCUGCCUUCUGACCCCUCUCCUGCACUGACCCUUAGGAGGGGCUCCACACUUCUGUGUGCUGAACCUGACCCAAGAUGGAACGUGAAACCACAUGUGCCGUGACUUUUAGGAUUUAUGAGUAGACAGUGUUCAUUUGAUUUUCUACAGAAAUAAUAUAAAUUAUUCUUUAGGUUUAAAAAAGAGCACUCGUAAUGCAAUAUGUGAAUCACCAGUGGGGUUGAUUUUUUUUUUUUUUCCUACUGUUUCACAGUCAGCCUUUAUCUAACUGCAGAUUGUCCCUAACAAGUUUUACAAAUGAAAGAGAUCCUCAAUCUGGCCUUAAAACAACACAAAAAGAUGGGCUUUGGCCCCAUGGAAAGAGGAGAGCUGCCUCUUACAGAAUCAGUUGAUCCCUUUCUAUCUUUGGUCUGUGAAUAACAAGAUUGCUUUACCUAGUUUUAUUUUGGAGCACCUCUGAAAGCUUUCCCCACAACUAACUUGUUACAGUUUUAAUUUCAUUCUGAGCUCGUAGUUUUAACCUUGGGCUUUCUUCACUGGCCCUGGAUACAAAGGCAUGUUGGGAAAGGGGUGGGUGUUGGAGAGGAAGGGAGGGGAUGGUUUGGGGUGAGAGGGUUGAGAAGAAAGUAGAUCAGAGGAUCAGAUGCCAGAGUCCUGGCAGGAUUGGUGAAAGGAGGGAGCCUGUUGAGCCUGGAGACAGAAGAUUGAUCAGCUUGAUGGACAGAUACUUAGCUUUUCUUUUUUCUUUUCUUAGAAGAGAGUUGAGGGGGAAAGGACAGGAAGGUAGGAAUAAGUUUAUGGAAAAGAUAUAGUGUCCCCUUUGGCACAAGACUAGGGCUUACCUUAGAGUCUGUAUUUUCGUUUCAAGUAAGCCCUUCAUAGUCUGCUUAUUUCUGAAUCCAGAGGGUAGUGGCAUCACUCUAUUCUAGUUUUAUUUGGAGGUGAUCAAAAGCCCAGGCUGGAAGUAAGCAGCAGCCCAUCUCCUUGUUCAGUUUCUCCUGCUGGCCAUUACCUGUGAGCUGCAGUGGGACAGGCAUGACCUUUGAACUGAAGUGGGCUGGGGCUUUCUCUUUCUUUUCCAUUCAUCUUUUGCCCUGGUGGGAGUUAGGAGCCAGACACCAAGCCCCAGGACGUGUUAGUUCCUCUGCAUGAUGUAUGGUGUACUCCCUUUGCUGGCGUGUACAGUGAUGCUGAAAAGAAAUGAGUGAACAGAAACUUCGCCGGUGAGACAGCACGUGACCUAGUGAGCAGUCUCGCUCCUUCCUGGGAGUGGCGGUCCAGGAUACACCUCUCUCCCUAGAUCCCUAGGAUCUCCUGGGUCCUGGGGUAGGGACUAACUUAGCACAAGGUAACAUGUGCCAAUGCUAUUUGUAAAACGUAUGGUCUUUCUAAAUGAUUCAUGGAUUUGUUUGGGAUUUUUUGCUUAAGUUGUGAACCAAAUCCUAGAGCCAGCUGACACUCUUAAUAAUCUGGAGGGCAGAGUAAUGGUGUAUCAAUAAAUGGAGGUUCCUCCUUAUGACAUAUGCUAGAUUAUGGAAGAUGUAAAAUAUUUGACUUCCCCUCCCCCCCCCUUUUUUUUGGACUUUGUACUUUGCUGCAUGUUUCAUUCAUUUUUAAUCAAUAAAGAAUAAAUUGUC